AUGCCCUCAGGGAAGACCGUCAAGUUCGUCCUGUAUGAGGUGCUGCAGUUUGCGGCUCUUAUUGUACCAGUCUUUGUGAUAAUGGAGAGGUUCGCCGGCCUCAUACGUGACGUGAAAGGACGGGAUCUAACAGCAUACUGGCUCGUGGUGGCAGCUUCCAUUGCCUAUGUGACCUCUGUGACCCUGCUGGUGUGGGUUCCUCUCAAAUAUCUGAUCCUGAAGCGGCGGAGGUUCAUCACAGAGAUCACACAGUGGAGACCAACAGCGCUGGCGUAUCUCAUCCUCUGUACAUUACCAUGCUUUGCUAUUUUAAUCGCCAGCUCCAAGGUGCAGGUGGACAGAGGACGAAGGCUCGACCAUUUCGCCGAGUUGCCCGUUUCCUUGGUGCUGUUCUCCCUCAUCUGUGUGGAUAUUAUAGAGAGGAUUCGCCCCUGCAGUCUCAUUGGACAAUCAGACAGCCUGGAUGCUGACCUUGACAUGCCGGGCCCCAUCCUCACCCACCUGGAACAGGUGACCACCAUAUCAGGCCAGCUGCACCCCGAUGAGAGCCAGAACGGUUUGACCCCAGGUCAUCCAGAGGCCAGAAAUGGCAGCGCCUCAGGCAGAUGGCGGGACUUUGCUGGCUCACCCAGCCGCUCGACUCCCAGCUCACGAGCGACCAGCACUGCCUACCUGUACUCCUCAUCCCCACGUCCUUGGUCCCACCCCAGGCAUCUAGGCUUCCUCUGGAGGAGGGACGUGAGGUCAGAGGUGUUUGUGGAUAGUUUUAUGUUCUGGUUAGACACUGUGGAGCUGGUGAGAGUAGCAGGAGAGCCAUCAAUCUUCUACUCAGUUUGGGUAUUCCCUGUCUAUAUUCUUGGUUUCCUGUCCACUUUCCGCAUGGUCAUCACUCCUCAAAACCCUUUAUUGUCCUCUGCUGGAUUUGUUCUGCAGGACCUUCCUUUCUUUAUCAUUCGGGUGGCUCUGAUUGUUGUCUUUGGUUACGUGACACCUUUGUUAUACCCACUGAAAAAUGUGCUGGUGAGUUUGACAUUCAUCUACUUUACAUUCCUGACCAAGCUGAGGAUAUUCAAGAGGCAGAGCAUGUUUUAGGAGACGUGGCACAUUCUGUUGUUAAGGAAACAUUUGCUUUGAUUGUGGACUCUCGAACAGUCGGUAUAUUUAUGUAUAAGGAGCAGCACCAAGGAAACAUGGUGCUGCUACUAAUGACGAGGAGCAGCAUGUUUGGAAUGGUAAUGUCUGCAAAGUAAUUGAGAGGCCGUUUAUCCGAAUCAAAGUGUGAAAAUGACUCUGGAUUUAAAACAAAACAGGUGUGUAGGCUGGAGUGUACGAUAAGCCAACUGUUCUCAUUUCUGUGUCGUAUGUGAAUCCAAAUGUAUUUAUUGAUACUUUAAUUUUAGGUGUUCCUGCUACAUUUUUCGUUGUUUUUUUUGU